AGUGGUGAGCAUCAUCACAGCUCUUUGUAUGCGCGGCAGUGCACAACUGCAGCCGAAACCGCUCUCUCUUACAGCAUCAUUAUGAGUAAAAGACGAAAAGUUGGAGAUUGAUGAGAAAUCGCUCGGUCGCGCCGCGCCACUCCCUAAAAUGAACGGAGCCAGCGCAAGUAAGCGCACGAGGAACCCCUGUGCAUAUUUUGAUGGACAUUUUCCGGAUGCGUGCAUCUUGAAAACAACUUGGGAAGAUCUCUGAAUUGAGUCGAGACAACACUCCUGCUGUUGCAGAAAACGUCACAUCUUAUGAGGACACAGGGGGCGUCAGAUUUUGCUGACCUUAGCAUCUUUGGACCUUUGCAAUGGGAUGCUCUUUGAAAAUAACGCCUUAGGGGUGUCCCCAUUUCUUUGAGACAUGCAGCUGUAUGUUAUCCAGUCGUCCUGAAGGCUGCGACGCGUUUGGCUCUGGCGCACUGGCGCAGCGGGCAGGUGGAGGACCGGGAUCAUUGCGGUACCUGUAAUGAACGCCAGCUGAAAGACUCAAGUGACCCUGGAAACGAGACGUUUGGUCACGUCUGCUGAUGUCACGUCAACAAAACGAUCUGGAAAAUGAUUUUCCUGGCGCUUUGAGGAGUCGUUCUUGCAGUGUUUCCUGGGUUCAAGUGCAUAUGAGAGGUGUCAUCGAGUGAGAAGAAACCCACAAUUUCCUUACUUUUCCCCACAAAGUUUUCCAGAGGCCCCAUCGUAGCAUCCUGACCACAAAUUGCAGGUUGCAUUCGUUCACAGCAUGACUGUUGCCACGGCCGACCCAGUCGAUGAAGCCGCAGCUCUUCCGGGUCAGCCACAGGACACGUAUGACCCGGAAACGGACCAUGAGUGUUGCGAAAGGGUGGUCAUUAACAUCUCCGGCCUGCGCUUUGAGACGCAGCUCAAAACUCUCUCUCAGUUCCCAGAGACGCUGCUCGGGGACCCCAAAAAGCGAAUGCGCUAUUUUGACCCUCUGAGGAACGAGUACUUUUUUGACAGGAACCGCCCAAGUUUCGAUGCCAUUCUCUACUACUACCAAUCGGGCGGCAGGCUGCGAAGGCCCGUCAAUGUGACUUUGGAUAUUUUUUCAGAGGAGAUACGUUUUUACGAGCUUGGGGAGGAAGCUAUUGAGAUAUUUAGAGAGGAUGAAGGAUUUAUCAAGGAGGAGGAAAAGCUACUGCCAGAAAAUGAGUUUCAGAGGCAGGUCUGGCUGCUGUUCGAGUACCCUGAAAGUUCAGGGCCCGCCAGGAUUAUCGCCAUCAUUUCAGUCAUGGUCAUUCUAAUAUCUAUAGUCAGCUUUUGCCUGGAGACGCUUCCCAUUUUUCGCAAUGAGGAAAUGGAGAUGCAAAAAGCUUACACAAGCAAUUCCAACUCAACAAUUUACUACACCUCCACCUACUUUACUGACCCUUUCUUCAUCCUGGAAACCCUUUGCAUCAUUUGGUUCUCCUUUGAGUUCUUGGUGCGGUUCUUUGCGUGUCCCAGUAAAGCAGGCUUCUUUGUCAAUAUAAUGAACAUCAUUGAUAUUGUGGCUAUAAUACCUUACUUUAUCACCUUGGGCACUGAGCUAGCGGAGAAGCCAGAGGACGGUCAACAAGGACAGCAAGCCAUGUCACUUGCCAUAUUGAGGGUCAUCAGAUUAGUACGAGUCUUCAGGAUCUUCAAACUUUCUCGGCACUCGAAAGGCCUGCAAAUCCUCGGCCAAACGCUCAAGGCCAGCAUGAGGGAGCUUGGGCUGCUCAUCUUCUUUCUCUUCAUCGGAGUCAUCCUGUUUUCUAGUGCCGUCUACUUUGCAGAAGCAGACGAGCCAGACUCGCAGUUUGUAAGCAUCCCUGAUGCCUUCUGGUGGGCAGUCGUAUCCAUGACGACAGUGGGGUACGGUGACAUGGUUCCAACUACCAUUGGGGGGAAAAUCGUAGGAUCCCUGUGCGCUAUCGCCGGUGUGUUGACCAUCGCCUUGCCCGUGCCCGUCAUAGUCUCAAACUUCAACUACUUCUACCACAGAGAGACUGAAGGUGAAGAGCAGGCGCAGUACCUCAAUGUGACCAGCGUCCCUAAGAUAGAUUCCUCAGAGGACCUGAAAAAGAGCCGCAGUGGGUCAACCAUGAGCAAAUCCGACUACAUGGAAAUCCAAGAGGUCGUUAACAACAGCACUGAGGAUUUCCGAGAGGAGAACAUCAAGACCGGCAACUGCACCCUUACCAACACCAACUACGUUAACAUCACCAAAAUGCUUACAGAUGUGUAACUUCGAACUGCCUUUCCAUAGGAGGUAGAAAGAAGAGCUUUGAGUAGGGAAUUACACACCCUAGUUUUGAAGGCUUCAGAGGCCCAACUCGAGUGUUUCAAGACAGGAGAACUGAAAGAAGUCAGUUUGAGUGAAGGAUCAAUGACGAAGACCGGUUCAUCAUUCCAUCCCAUUUCCUUCUCGCUCCUCCCCCAGUUGUGGAUAACUUGACUGGUGGGGGGCGUUGUUCUGCAUCCCUGUGUUCAGUGUCUGCAUGGAGUCUGUCUUAUCUGUGUGACUGUUCCAGUGGUUGUUCUGCUUGCAACAGUAGCCAAACAGUAGCCUAACCAAUAGAUACAAGCGUAGCAUAGAGGUACCAAUUCCUGACGCCCAUUCCUCCAUUCACUGCCAACCUAAGUGUAGUACAACCUGAGUUUGUAUCUGGUCAAAACAGCAAUUUUGUCACUCCACUUGAUCAGUGGCAUAUAAAAUGAGAACAUGUACUCAAGAGGAAUAACAAAGGAGGAUGUAUUUCUCUGCGAAAGCACACACUUUGCCUGUCCUGCCAGCAACAAAAGCAUAUUGUGUGCGGUACCUAUAGACAUUUUACAUUCCAUCUUGUGACGGAGAAAUAGAUGCACGACCAACCUCGGAGGCCUGGAAUGGCCACUACAAGGCCUGUUUUCUGUAUGACAUCUCUUUCUCUGCCAGCGUGCUAAGAUAUCUCUAUGUGUUCCAUGUCAGAGUUAACCGACCUAGACGUGGUUUCCAACUUCUUCGUUCCACUGUGCCGCAUGACCAGCUUUCCUCCAUUGUGUAAUUUUUCCCGUCACUUCCUAUUCCCAGCAUCGUAAGACUUCAUAGCAUUCCAUGUGUAUGAGAAAGGAUCUAACCCUACAAGCACUGAUGUGGGUUGCAGGAGUGUAGAUAUUUUUACUGAGACAUAGCAGCCAACAACAGCAAAACACUAGCUCACUAAGUCAGGUCACCAAAGAUACAAUUCACUGCCGCUGUUUGAUGCAUUUUUACGUUCGUUUUUACAUUUCAGUGCCAUUUCAUGGUGCAUCCUGCUCGUAAUAUAAUGCUGGAGAAUUUAAAUGAAAGUUGUGUGAAAGUUACGUUUCCUCGAAUAGCUUUUGUAAGUGAUAGGAAAUACUACUACUUCUGUGAUGCAUGUCUGGUACACACUCCUUGUAGCAUGCAUGUAGUAAGAAUAAUGCUUACAUACAAAACUAGUAAUAAGUAUUCAUUUCUUUAUCAAACUAAAUAUUUUUUCUCUGUGAGAUUAACGGUACGUGCAAUAUUAUAAAUGCUUUUUUCUUUUAAGGUAACAUUUUACAAAUGGUUUUUAAUGUUAGUUGGCUAAUACAUUAGUUAGUGGCCACUUUCGGGGUCUAACACCAUGAAGAUUGGUCAAUUCUAUUGGUUCAUGGAUCUGUGGAUAGAGAGCAAGUUGUACCGAUUAUGACGAGUUGUUCAAAGCACCACAUUUAGAUAUGGGAGAGAUCAAAUUUCUAACUAAUGUAGUUUCAACUAAACUCAGUUUCAUUUGUUUAAUCUAAUAAUAUGGGAGUGUAUGUUGUGUAAUGAACUAAAACUAUACUGUAUACUAGGGUGUCACAAUAUACCGGUAUUGGCAAUAACCGUGAUAUACCCCCCAUGAUUAUCAAUAUUAUGUAAAUUCCACACAUACCGUAAUAUCGUAAACUGCCUUAAGAGUCACAAUGGUUGCGAACUCUUUCUCUGUCUCCGUAAAUAUGUGUGAUUCUUUGCCCAAAUAAAAGACAAAACACAAAAUUAAAGAUGAAUUUGACUGGUAGCAUCAUUUAUUAAAAAAUAUAUACGAUUAUAGAUACCGUGAUACAAUUGCAGCCGCAAAGAUUUUUGGAAAUGUCGAUAUCGUGACAGCACUAGUGUAAACUGUCUAUAUUACUUAAGUUCUGCUUAGAGCCCACAAAACCCACAAUUUAUUCUGCGCCUGUCAGCUUUCAAGCCAUACAUAUGGUAGCGUACCCCUUUUUUGUUUCAAAUAUAUACAUAUUUAAAAUGUAUUUUCUGGAAAAAUGGACCAAAAUUUUGAGGCCAUCGCGUUCUGCACAGGAACCUACCAAUUUUGGCCAACAAAUGUUUUCUAGAAGUCCCCUCCCCUCAUGCCAAGCUAGUCUAUUAUUAUUCAGUCAAAAAGCAUGUAUCCUCAUUAAUGGCUAUUCAGGCAUUUUGAGAAAAUAAUUCAAGUUAAAUUUAUACAUUUAUAAUUCUAAUUUCUUAUAGUCGAUCUGUGCCUAUUUUUUCUAAAAGGUGUGAACUAAACUAAUAGACUAAACUAAAAAGAUGACUUUUUAUUAUACUGUAUGCACAGUCAACCUGCCAGUAAUUGUAAUCAUGGACCUCCAUGAUGUCACUUGCUACCAACCAGUAACGGCAAGUAGCAAAUGGUGAUUAGGCAUUGUGUCUUAAAAUAAAAUCAAGUCAUUAACAUUUCUAGCCCCAACUUACUAUUUCUUCAAACAGGAUGUCAGCACAGAAAAGAACAUUGCUUUUGUGAAUUUAUUUAAUCUGGUCUGUAAAGUUUUAUAUAAUAGCAGGAAACUUUGUGGUUCAGGACCUGUGCAGUCAAUACUUGAUCCAUACUGUAAGUAGAAUGGUGAAUGUAAAUAAAAUUAAUGGUAGAUCUCAUCACUUUCUUUGCUGUUAUACUGGCCUAAUAUUAUGGAGAGGUCUAACAUUACUGACUAGAGUACAAUACAUGCAGCGCUGUCAUACCCAAGAAUGUGGUGCUCUGUUCACUCUACCUUUUCCAAAUAUUGCCCAUCCAAGUUACACGAUGCUUACCCUUUCCAGAAAUUCAUUGAGGGUUGAACUUUAGACCCAUGCCCUGCUGACUGCUUUCACCAGCUUAUUGUAGGUGUGUCUCACAGACCAGGAAAAGUGAGUGACAUUACUUUUAAGUUUGGCCUUAAUGGAAGUGCUGCUUUUCCUAACUGUUUCUGCACAUGACACAUUAACUUGUAAGAAUAUGACCACGUCCUUGUAAGUGUUUUUUUUAAAUGAGUUGUUAAAGUCAACAUGAAUCAUCACCCUUAAGCCAUUUUAAACCAGAAUAUUAAAUGAGAAAAAUGUAAGGUGGGAUUUGAUAUAAUUGGGCUGGAAUUGGCCAUUUAUCAUUUUCUGAUAAAAUAUGAUUACAAGUUUUUAUAGGCCUACGUAAUAAGUUGCACUAAUAGUUUGUACACAGUAAGACCAGGAAUCAGCAUUGAGAAAUUUCAUGUUGACUUUAACACUUAUUUGUCAUUUUAAGGCAUCAACUCAUUACAAAACAGUUGGUGCGGCUAAAAUGUUUUCAACUUUUAAAAGUUCCGAAUUAUGUUUUUUCAUGUUCAUCAUUUUAAUACUGCUGCAUCCUGCCUUUUAGGACUACCCAUAUAACAUACAGGACUCUGAGGAUGCUUGUCAACCACCUCAGGAACACAGACUUUAUUAAUGUCUUUGUGCGUGUUGUUGAAUGCAUGCAUCAAAGCCCUUUUGUUAAAGGACGUUCAUACAAAGGAUGGUAUGCAAGCAAUUGGACAAGCCCUUUUUUACUGCCAGGCCAUAAAAUCGUUUUAUCCUAGAGGACGAAGAGAUUCUUAAUAAGAUGUCGGAAAUUUAGUACAAGUUUAUGAGAGAAAUACUUCUAACUGAUGCUCUCAAAAUAUGAUAUUUAAUAGCAUCUCCAUAGCUGCCUCGUUCUGUCUGAAACUGUGAAUAUAUUGUUUUUAAUAUGUUCACUAUGACAGUUGGUAUGUACAUUUGUAAUACUUUCGAGAUUUCCAGUACUUUAACGUCUAUAUACAAACACAGCUUUGUGACGGUACUUUUGAAGAAUUCCGCUGCUUUCAUUGUUGUCUUAACACGAGCUAUAGCUUUAUAAAACGACUCCAUGUUACUCAGUUUCUUAAUAGCGGGAAAUUUACAGCUGCAAUGAUGUCCUUUAUCCAUAUCCAAAUCUAGAUGUAUUGUAGUACUGGUAUACUUCAUAUACGUUAAGCACAAACAGGGAAAAAAACGAACUGUAAUUAUCAUAGAAGCUUUGCCUAUUGAUUACUGAGGUAUAUAUAAAUGUAUCAGCAAUCAAACCAAGCCUUUAUAUAUAAUCAAUAUUUAACUGAAUGUCCUUGCAGACUUUGCUGUUCACACUCAGGCAUGUUUUUGGAUAAAAAAAGGACGAGCUCUCAUUUGCUAUAAACAUGUACAUGCAAUAUGGAUAUACAGUGUAUAUUUUGACAUGGAUGGGUGGACGAAUGAAAAAACAGAUAGUUGAACAGAUCACAUUUAAGAGCAAAAGAGAAUGUGUGAUUCAGAAAAACGAUUUCACUACUUGUUGGGUUAGUGAAUCGAUAGAGAGUGAUCAGCUAGCAAAAGAGCAGCUAUUUCAUGAUGAAAGUUAGGCCUUGUUCACACUGCGCACAAAUCUGAUUUGUUUUUCAAAUCUGAUCUCUUUGACUGACUGAAAACACUCAGUUAAGAGCUGUUCACACCAAAGGCGAUAACUACAAAGCAAUUUAUUUCCAGUUGAUGAACGAUAAAACAUGAACAAUCAAAAUAAAAUUUAAAAUGUGACACUGCAGCAUGCAACCAUAGAAUAAAAACCGUUACAACGUUGUAACAACGUUAUUUCAACAUAUGAGCAUAGUUCAUAUAAGCACAGUUCAAACAUCAUUAUGUCUGUUUGGUGUGGAUGCUAAUACAGUUAGAGUUAUAGUUAUUGUUUUGAGUGUGAACACUCCUUUACACAUAGAAGGUAUUUUUCAAGCAAAUUAUUGUGCCGAUAUUUCGAAAAUGUAUUAAAUGAUAUAAACGCCAAACGCUGUAGAAGCGUUUGAACCCCGCUAUACAAUGAUUGCCAUAACAAUGACUUAAGCAUCAGCACAAAAACAUUUUCCAAAAUAUUUUCUACUGCCACAACCAAGUAGCAUACUGUACUCAUUCAUGCAAAUGUUCUUUAACUUCUCACUUAUUCACUAUUUGUUAAUAACCAAAUGCCACGGUGUUGACUAGGGGGAGAGAGUUCAUUUAAACACAGCUACAGAUAUUACUGUAUCUUACAUACUUUUUUUUGUAUUACUAUUACUAUUGUGUUAAAGAAAAUCUAAUUUGUGCUGUCUGUCUGAACAAGGCCUUAUAAGAUGGCAAACUUAUGAAUGUCCGGUCUGGCUCAUCUGAUCUUUACCUGCAAAGCUCACCUCUCUUCACUAAGGAGAUAUGUUUGAUGGCACAUGCUUACAAAUAAUGAACUGGGAGCUUCAGCAGAUGAGCUGAGGUGUCUGGUGUUGGUCUGCAUCUAUACGUGUAUGUGACAUUAUCCCCACAUUGCCAUCCAGGAGGCCUGAAAAUUCAUUCCUUGUACAAAGCGUUUGUUUUCUAAAGAAAAACUGACAGAGUAAUACAACAUGAGGAACUGAUGAGCAGAUGGAGGACUUGAUACAUUCUCACAAUGGGAUAUAAGAAAUUUAUGCACUUUACACGGACCUCUGGAUGCUAACUUUAAAGACAAUCUUGGAAAGAGAACAAGAGAUGCAUCUUUUCCUUCCAAAAGAUUAUAACUGUAAAGAGAUCUAUGAAUAAUAAUGAUUAUGAGGAUGAGUAUAUUAUAAACUACGAUAAGCUUACAAUGGCUCUUGCUUGUUUCUGCCACUGGAUAUUAAUUAUGUUGGUUGACAUGGAUUAAUUAUUAUGCUAUAUGUUAUAUUAUAAUAUAUUGUAUGAAUUAUAUUAUAUGAUAGAAUAUUAUUCAGUAUGACAAUAUAUACAGUAUAUAUGGCCUAUAUAUAUCAAGCCAUUUGCAAAAUGCCAUUUAGAAAUAAUAUUAAUAAUGAAUCAUAACAAUAUAAUAUUAUUAUUAUGAUGCAUUUUUAUCACAUUUAGCUUUUUAAUAUGUUUCUUUUUUUAAGGGGGGUUGUGUCUGUUUUUUUUUCAAAAUCCUUAAGCAUGGGUUCCCAAACUAUUCAGCCCUCGACCCCCAAAAUAACAGUUCCAGGGACUCGAGACUCCACUAUCCUCGGAGGUGGGUAAAGUAUGCCAACAUUGUGCGUAACUGUGCACAUGCACUUAUUCGGCCUAUCCAAACAAGCGCAUGACAACACCAAAGAACACAGUCUAACAUAAUAUGACUUUACAGUUUUUUACUCAUUAUUUUACUUGUUGUUAUACAUAUACCAUGAACUAUUACUACAGAUUGUCAAAUUUCAUCAAACUGAUUCGAGUGCUGAUGGAUUUCCUCUUUAUGCAAACGACGGCCUGUUUUUGUAGACUACCUGAGGACGAUAGCCUUACUGCAGUGCUUCUCUGCCCUCCUCUGCUGGCCUCCCUGCGUUGGUCGAUAUUAACCAACAUUUCAUUUCGACAAAUACAAAUAUCCUAAACUUUAAGCCUGAAAAAUAAUCUGCGAGCACAUAUGGGAAUGUUUUAAUGUGGUGCUGUAAAUUGACUUGCUACACCUAACCUAAUGUGGUUGCUAAUGUGACGUAAUCACCUCAGGGGUCACGAUUGAGGGGGAGGAAAUUCCAAAGGCUGAUGGCUUAUUUGCAUGGUUUUAUUUUUAACAUAACUAAUAUUUUUAUAUUUUGUUACACUUAUUGAUUAAAUACGCUAUUCCUAAUAAUAAAAAAUGAAUUCUGGAAAUCAUCUGGUGACCCCACCCUCGCGGCCUAGCGACCCCACGGGGGUCCCGACCCCUACUUUGAGAGCCCCUGUCCUAAAGCACAAAAUUUCAUAAAAAUGUACAUGUGGUCUAAUAUACAGUACACUGUAACAAAUUUCUGUAGUUUUUACAGCAUUAUUACUGUAAAAUGAUCAAAUCCUUACUGUAGAACCUGUAUACAGCAGGUUGCUGUAGAUCUGCAAAGCAUUGUGGGAAAUUUUUGAUGGCGGGAAAAUUCUACAGUAAAUAUGUUUAUGUAUGAUCUGUGAAUCGUUAUAGGCUACAGUCAUUUUUAACAGAUUUUUUUUGUCACUACAAAUCUGAAGAGACUCGACAGAUUCAGCAAAGUAUUUUUUUCUAAUUUUUCUAUUUAUUUGUUUCUAUUAUUGUUUAUUUAGCACAGUUUCCUCUUGUCAGGUUAUCUGUGCGUUGUAUGUGAGUGCGCUGGGAGAGAUAGCGAGAGAACAAUACUGACAUGAGCUGGUAUGAUAGCGUGUGCAUAUUAUUACAAAAAUAAACGAUUCGCGCAUAUAAUGAUAUAUUUUCUUAUCUGGCAAGAUUUUAUUGAUAACAUAUUUAGUUUGGCAAAGGAUUCAUGCUGCUGGAUAAAAAAGUAAACCGGAAUUGUGUAACUUAAAGUAAAUAUAUUUAUCCUGUGAAUCAUUAUACAGUAAUUUUUAACGGAUUUUUUAUCAGUACAAAUCUGAAGAGACUUUACAUAUAUUAUUUGUUUUCAUUAUUGUUAAUUUAGCGCAGUUUCCUCUUGUCAAGUUGUCGGUGCGUUGUAUCUUUACGUGUGCUCUGGCUGCUGGGAGAGAUAGCGACAGAACAACAGGCCAGGGAACUUAGCUGGUAAACUAGCGAUUACUACAAAAAUAAACGAUUCGCGCAUAUAAUGAUAUAUUUUCUCAUCUGGCAAGAUUUGAUUGAUAACAUCUUCAGUUUGGCGAAGGAGUAAUGUUGUUGGAUAAAAAUAAUCCGGAACUGUGUCCGUGUGUAUGUUGUGUGUGUUUGUGCGUAGCCAUGUGAAGGAAACGGAUAAGUUACUGAAGUGUGCUGAGCUGAAAGAAAACGCAAUAACAGGUAAGACUUUUAAAGAGUUUUAAUGGUUAAACAUUUCAUAUUCUUUAUAAGAUCUAUUGCAGGGCAAGCUGCAGCAACCCAUGUCUGAGAAUAACGGGGGGUUUGUGUAUUUUUUGCCCUUGAAUAAUACAACUAAAAAGUGUUACAACUGUUACGAUUAAAACGAAAUGUGAAUAAAGUGUCUUAUUACAUCUGAUCACUGUGCAUAUUUCUUAUGCGUUAUUUACAGCGGUGAGCCUUACAACCUGUCAUAGUCUCGGCGCAUGAACCAAUGGCCAAUCAGAAGUUUAGAUGAGUCACCGCUUGCUUAUAAAAACAGCAAGUCAGAUUCAUGUAUUAUAAUGGAAGUUUAAUGCAGUCAACUUCAUUCAUUAUAAAACGAAAUUAUAACUGCGGUCAUUUACUUUUUCAGUUAUGGGUUUUUAAGUUUUGUUUAUUCCCAGUUUGAAAAAAAAAGUUUUUUAUGCUACUAAAAGAAACAAUGUGAAUAUAUUAAUGCAAAAACAGCAAUAUCACCCAUGAACUAUUUGUCUUUAUUGUCAAUAAGAACGAACUGUAAGAAUGACAUGCUAAACAAUUUUUAACAUAUCCUAUUAUUUGACAAUAAUCAUGAUUAAAAUAUCAAUAGUAAUAUUAAGAUAAUUUUUUUAAUAUUUCAGUCCACUGUAAUGAGUGCCUGUUUCUUAUAUUUAUGACAUGUGAUAUGCACCUCAGUUUAAACUCAGUUUAAAGACAGCAUCAGCCUUAAACUUUGUUUUUGUCUUUUUUUAUCUUUUCAUAAUGUAUACACAUGCAUUUAAAAUUACAUAAAUCUUAUCACAUUAUGGAGUUGUGGUGUAAAUAAAGUUACUGCACAUUUGAGCAGCAUUAAAUACCGGUAGACUGUGUAAUAAACCAAAUGCAGCUUCUGCAGAUUAAAUAUCACUGAAUAUAACGAGUCUAUGUCUUUGGUCUUUUACUGCAAGGAAUAAGACUUCAGUCCAGGAGAAUGACUCCAGUUCAGGAAAAACAUACAGGACCAGAGUCAGUUACAAAUAAUGUUUUAUUCAAUGAUAUAUUGUAUAGAUCUAACAAUGUGUUUUUUAUUAUAAACAU